UUGUGUGGGUGUGUGUGUGGGUGUGAGAGAGAGAGUGUGUGUGUGUGUGUGUGUGUGUGUCAGAGAGAGAGAGAGAGAGAGGGGUGGAGGGAGGGAGAGAGGGAGAGAGAGAGGCGGAGAGAGACUCAGUCUGCCCUUCGCCUCGGAGCAGAGGCAGUUCGGGUCCCCGCAGCAUUGAACGUAGUGGAAGAGGCAGCCCUGCGCCACAGACCGUCACCGCCACUACUUCUCACUGACGGUCAUUUUAGAGACGGAAACUUCUGACUUUCAAAAAAAAAGAAAAAAAAAGAAAAGGAAAGAAAAGAAAAGAAAAGAAAAGAACAAACCACAUCUCCACGACAGCGACCGACGGUCUCCAACCUCGAGGCGACUCGGAGGAUCCUGCGAGACGGAGGGAGGCGAGAGAGAAAACUUUUCGUAUUCUUUUUUAAAUUUCUUUUUUUCUUCUCUCCCUUUCCCCCUUUCCCCCCCUCCUCACCUCCUCACCCCCUCCCCCCCCCCCCCUCCUUUGCGUCGUCGUCCGCGACCGGAUCUCUGCCAAAUGAUCCAGGGCCAAAACGAAGGAGGAAGAAUUCGCUUCAUAUGACACGAGGGGGGAGCGCAGACAGCGAGUCCACGCGGGGAAGGCUCAUCGGCUCGUCGGCACCCGCGACCCGUCACUCGACCCGUCACUCGACCCGUCACUCGACCUCGUGUGACAACUCCGACGGCUGGACGACCGAUCUUCCUCUUCUUCUUCGUUUUGUCUCUCCGGCCGACCACUUCGUGUCGACACAGGGGCUCCCCGAGAUCCCCGCGACGCCCCCCCCCCCCCCAAAAAAAGAAAGAAGAAGACCGGGCUUCAAAGUCCCGAGCGAGGGAGGCGGAGUCUUAACUUAUUAAAAGGAGCUCGCCGAGGCUCGGACACCAGCAGCGAUGAUGAUGAUGUCUCUCAACAGCAAGCAGCACUUCGCCAUGGCGCACACCAGCCUGGCCGAGCCCAAGUACUCGCUGCACUCCUCGUCGUCCAACUCCAUCGCGCCCUCGUCCUCCUGCUCGUCCUCCCGACACAGCAGCAGCAUCAUCAGCAGCGGCGGCGGCGGCGGCUCGGAGGCGAUGCGCCGAGCCUGUCUCCCGACCCCACCGAGCAAUAUAUUCGGAGGCUUGGAUGAGAGUUUGUUGGCCCGGGCUGAAGCUCUAGCGGCGGUGGAUAUAGUCUCGCAGACCAAGAGCCACCAUCACCCUCCACAUCACAGUCCCUUCAAGCCGGACGCCACCUACCACACCAUGAACACGCUGCCCUGCACCUCGUCCUCCUCCUCCUCCUCGGUGCCCAUCUCCCAUCCGUCCGCGCUGGGUGGCCACCACCACCACCACCACCAUCACCACCACCACCAGCCCCACCAGGCGCUGGAGGGCGACCUGCUGGACCACAUCACCCCGGGCCUGGCACUAGGAGCCAUGGCCGGGCCGGACGGCUCGGUGGUUUCCACGCCUGCGCACCCUGCCCACAUGGCGGGCAUGAACCACAUGCACCAGGCGGCCAUCAACAUGGCGCACGCCCACGGGCUACAGUCGCACAUGGGCAUGAGCGACGUGGACGCCGAUCCGCGGGACUUGGAAGCCUUCGCGGAGAGGUUCAAGCAGAGGCGGAUCAAACUCGGGGUUACGCAGGCGGACGUGGGGUCGGCGCUGGCCAGCCUGAAGAUCCCCGGGGUGGGCUCCCUCAGCCAGAGCACCAUUUGCCGCUUCGAGUCGCUCACGCUGUCGCACAACAACAUGAUCGCCCUGAAGCCCAUCCUGCAGGCCUGGCUCGAGGAGGCCGAGAAGUCGCACCGGGAGAAGCUGAACAAGCCCGAGUUGUUCAACGGCGCCGAGAAGAAGCGGAAGCGCACGUCGAUAGCGGCGCCGGAGAAGAGGUCGCUGGAGGCCUACUUCGCCAUCCAGCCGCGUCCCUCCUCGGAGAAGAUCGCGGCGAUCGCGGAGAAGCUGGACCUGAAGAAGAACGUGGUGCGCGUGUGGUUCUGCAACCAGCGGCAGAAGCAGAAACGAAUGAAGUACUCGGCGUGCGUCUGAGCAGCAGCAACACACACACACACACACACACACACACACACACACACACACACACACACACCGGAGCGAACCGUCGCUUUGAACCAGCACCCACGGAACAAAAACAAAACGAGACUCGGGGCCGUUCAGAGACGAUCUGUAUCAUAGUUCCUGAUCUCACCCCCUUUUUUUCAAUCAUCGACGACUUUGUGCUUUGAACUUGGAAAAAUUCCUUCAAAAAAAACAAAAAACUAAACUAAACAAAACUGAACAAUGACUGAAACGCUCCAGAGAGAGAGAGAGAGGGGGGGGGGGGGCCACACACACGACCCCCCUCCUUCACACCAGUCACAUCUUUUACCCGCUGAGAGGGAGAUGAUGUGGAGUCGAGUGAAGCAUCGUUUGACAGAGCAAGUAAGAGACCACUGUUUCCACACUUACCUACUUCACCCCUUCUUUUUUUUUCUUCCUUUUUUUCUAUAUAUAUAUAUAUAUGUAUAUAUAUAUGACUUAUAACAGGACUCUAUGCUUUCAUUUGUACUCGAGAUUGAUUCCAAGGUUUUCGGAGAUGACCACAUGGUUUUCGUUAGACCCAUGUUACUGACACACGGUGGGACCAGUUUAACUCGAAGCACUUGGUUGGUGACUAUUGGUGUUUAUAUAUAUAUAUUUUUGGCUUAUAGGAUGAGCUAUAUUCGUUUUUCCCGAGUUCUUGGACGAUGCAGUCUAACAUUUAAUUCAGGGUCCACGAGGGGGGGGGGGGGGGGGGGGGGG